CCCUUCCAAAUGCACUGUUGCGAAAUUCCCAAAAUUGACCUAAAAUCCUCCACCAGGGAACUGCAUAUUUGCGCCCAGCCACAAAAAGCUACUCGUCCUUGGCCUUUUGAGAAGAGGGAUCUUUUCCGGCAGCGUGUUUAGGGCUGCACCUUAACCGACUUCUGUCGCUCAGACCUAUUAUUCUUUUCAUUAUGUUUUCAUAGAAAAGAAAGAUCAACCAAUAUAGGAUAGCGGCUCGGAACAUAGGGUAACACCGGUGACAAAAGAAUCUUCAGAGGGGAUAUUCGCAAGAUUACAACAUUACAAAGAGAGCCGAAAGCAAACAAGCUUAUCUGAGUCAGACGAUUCAUAUUCAAUAACAUAGCGUCCACUCUUUGGUCAGUGGCGACCAUACCACCACCAACACCAGUUGGUCGGUCUCCAAUCAAUCCAACCAAAAAUGGCGUCCGUAGUAUCCGAAACAGUCCCAAAGUUCACCGCCGAAACCCUCCGUUACGCAGCAUGGCAAUCGGAACGAUGCCACCUCAUCCCCCUCCGUCUACGUAGAGCCAUCAAGAAAUACCUUCGAGAGCAAGAGGAACCGCACAUGAAGAGGAAGGUGUUGAGUCUGUCUCAAUCGUUUAACCAAAUCAAGGAUAUAAAUCUCCAGCUCACCUCCUCUACUUCCAAGGAGCUCUUUGAAGAUCCUCUAAAGUCAAUGGAGUGUUCGAAGCGCUGGAAGAUCACCACCUCUUAUGGCGACACAGGUCUCAAGUACAGAGACGAGCAGACAACCGCUUACAUUGCUUCUCGAAUGCCUGCCGUAUACUCUGCUUGUUAUAGAGUUCUCAGCGAGGUUCGUAGAAGGCUACCUGGUUUUGCUCCAACUAGGGUGUUGGAUUUUGGUGCUGGCACUGGUUCCGCAAUGUGGGCACUGCGAGAAGUCUGGCCCCAUGCGAUGGAGAGAAUAAGGUUGGUAGAGCCAUCCCAGUCAAUGCAACGUGCAGGGCAGAGACUUAUAAAAGGUCUAAAGAAUUUGCCACUUAUACAGAGCUAUGGUAGCAUUCAAGCACUAACUAAGAAUAUCAAUAAAUCUGAAAGAGAGCAUGAUCUUGUCAUUGCUUCCUAUGUGCUUGGAGAAAUACCGUCAUUGAAGGACAGAAUUACUGUAGUGAGACAGCUUUGGGAUCUUACACAAGAUGUUCUGGUUUUGGUUGAACCUGGAACACCACAUGGAUCUAAGAUCAUAUCUCAAAUGCGAUCUCAUAUCUUAUGGAUGGAAAAAAGGAAACUCCGCAAAUUAGAACGUGCAUCUGAGAAACGCCGCAAAUUAGUAGAUGCAUCUGAUGCUGCUCCCAAGGACAUGAUUGAUCUCAAAAAUGGUGUUCAUAUAGUAGCUCCUUGUCCUCAUGAUGGACCUUGCCCUUUGGAUAAUACUGGAAAAUAUUGCCAUUUUGUUCAGCGCUUGGAGAGGACAACAUCACAACGGGCAUACAAGCGGUCCAAGGGUGAGCCUCUACGUGGCUUUGAAGAUGAGAAAUUUUGCUUUGUUGCUUUCAGACGAGGACAAAGACCAAGAGAACCUUGGCCACUCGAUGGCAUGGAGUUUGAAACAUUGAAGGAGCAGCAUGCUAAAAGAAAUCCAGAAGAUUUGGAAAUUGACUACGAGGACCAAUUUCAGUCAGAAGAUGACGAAGAUGAUGGUUCAUAUGAAGAGGCUCUAGUUCCCUACCAGUCUGAUAUUGCAGAAACAGAUGCCGUCACUGAGAUUGAUGACGAGGAAGAAGAAGAAACUGCUAGUGCAGAUCUUGGAAGUGGUUGGGGUAGGAUUAUUUACACUCCUAUUCGGAGGGGUAAGCGGAUAGAGUUGGAUGUGUGCCGAGCAACAAAUCGUGAAGGCUCAGAAGGCUCCUUUGACCGUAUUGUUGUGACGAAGAGUAAGAACCCUACAAUGCAUCAUCAGGCCCGAAGAUCCCAAUGGGGUGACUUGUGGCCCUUCUGAAUCAAGAAACAUUCUUAUAUGUGAAUAAUGUUGUUGAAUUAUAGUAUGAUAGGAUGGAUUAAACAAAAACCGUGGAAUACGAAUAUGUAUCGUGAUUCUGAAUGUAAUUUUUGAGACGAUAGGGAUGGCUGAGCUAUAAUCACUUUAAAAUAAAGUAUUGUCAACGUGUGUUAAAAAUGU